AGAAGUUUCAUUUCCAAAUUGGAUCCGAAUUCUUUCAAGGAGGAGGUCCCAUUGCUUAAGCCUUAAAACCCUUUCUCUCAUCUCCACUCGCGUCUAUCUUGAGUUGAUUUCAUCUGCCGGACCAUUUGAUCCACCAAAGGGAAGUGACUAGUUUUGCUGAAAAAACCUAAUUAGUCAGGAUGAGCGUUGUUGGGUUCGACUUUGGUAAUGAAAGCGGUGUUGUCGGUGUAGCAAGGCAAAGAGGAAUUGAUGUUGUGCUCAAUGAUGAGUCAAAACGUGAGACUCCAGCUUUGGUUUGUUUUGGUGACAAACAAAGGUUUCUUGGAAUUGCUGGAGCUGCAUCUAGCACAAUGAAUCCUAAAAAUACGAUUUCUCAGAUUAAGCGACUGAUUGGACGCCCAUUUUCAGAUCCUGAGCUCCAACAGGAUUUGAAGUCACUGCCUUUUGCUGUAACUGAAGGGCCUGAUGGAUAUCCAUUGGUUCAUGCCAGGUAUUUAGGGGAGUCUAGAACAUUUACACCAAUACAAAUAAUGGGAAUGAUAUUAUCAGAUUUAAAGAGCAUAGCUCAGAAGAACUUGAAUGCUGCAGUAGCUGAUUGCUGCAUUGGAAUUCCUGUUUACUUCACUGAUCUUCAGAGAAGGGCUGUUCUUGAUGCAGCUAAAAUUGCAGGACUACACCCUCUUCAAUUGGUUCAUGAAACAACUGCAACAGCUUUGGCUUAUGGGCUUUACAAAACUGAUCUACCUGAAAAUGAUCAAAUUAAUGUUGCUUUUGUUGACAUUGGACAUGCAAGUAUGCAAGUUUGUAUUGCUGGUUUUAAAAAAGGACAGCUCAAAAUACUAGCUCACGCAUUUGACCGGUCAUUGGGUGGAAGAGAUUUUGAUGAAGUUCUCUUCCAACAUUUUGCUGCUAAGUUUAAAGAAGAAUACAAGAUGGAUGUCUCUCAAAAUGCUAGGGCAUCAAUUCGACUUAGGGCUGCUUGCGAGAAGAUGAAGAAAAUUCUCAGCGCAAAUCCUAUGGCACCUUUGAACAUUGAAUGCUUGAUGGAUGAGAAAGAUGUUAAAGGUGUAAUUAAGAGGGACGAGUUUGAGGAAAUAAGUAGUUCAAUCUUGGAUCGUGUUAAGAAGCCACUGGAGAAGGCUCUAUUAGAAGCAAACCUAACUAUUGAGAAUAUUCAUUCGGUUGAGGUGGUUGGUUCAGGUUCACGUGUACCUGCUGUAAUGAAGAUAUUAACAGAUUUUUUUGGGAAAGAACCUCGUCGAACAAUGAAUGCAAGUGAGUGUGUUGCCAAAGGCUGCACUUUGCAGUGUGCAAUCCUCAGCCCCACAUUUAAAGUUCGAGAUUUCCAGGUCAAUGAAAACUUCCCGUUUCCAAUUGCUUUGUCCUGGAAAGGAGCAGUUGCAGAUGAUCAAAGUGGAGACAUUGAGCAAACCAGUACUGUUUUUGUGAAGGGAAAUCAAAUACCUAGUCUGAAGGCACUCACAUUCUACCGUCCUGGGACCUUCACAUUAGAUGUUCAGUAUGCUGAUGUUAGUGAAUUGCAGGCACCAGCUAAGAUCAGUACAUACACGAUUGGACCUUUCCAAUCUACAAAUGGAGAGAAGGCUAAACUUAAGGUCAAGGCACGCCUAAAUCUUCAUGGAAUUGUUUCAAUUGAGUCAGCAACACUCAUUGAAGAAGAAGAGGUUGAAGUUCCAGUUGUCAAAGAGCCUGUUACUGUUGAGGCUCCUGGUGACGCAAUCCCAUCUGAUGUUAACAUGGAAGAGGCUAAAAGUGCUAGUGAUGUUCCUGAAAAUGGCGUUCCACAGUCAGGAGAUAAACCUGUUCAAAUGGAAACAGAUGCAAAGGUGGAUGCUCCAAAGAGAAAGGUGAAGAAAAUAAAUGUUCCAGUGUCUGAGGUAAUUUAUGGAGGAAUGGCUGCUGCAGACGUGCAGAAGGCAACAGAAAAAGAGUUUGAAAUGGCUUUACAGGAUCGCGUCAUGGAAGAAACUAAGGAAAAGAAGAAUGCAGUUGAAGCUUAUGUUUACGACAUGAGAAAUAAGCUUUCUGACAAGUAUCAAGAGUUUGUUGCUGAGUCGGAACGAGAAGGGUUCACUGUCAAACUACAAGAAGUAGAGGAUUGGCUGUAUGAAGAUGGGGAGGAUGAGACUAAAGGAGUAUACGUUGAUAAACUUGAUGAACUCAAGAAGCAAGGUGAUCCUAUUGAAGAGCGCCACAAGGAACAUACAGAGAGGGGUUCAGUGAUAGACCAGCUUGUGUAUUGCAUCAAUAGCUACAGAGAGGCUGCAAUGUCAACUGAUCCCAAGUUCGAUCAUAUUGAAUUAUCGGAGAAGGAAAAGGUACUGAGUGAGUGUGUGGAAGCUGAAGGUUGGUUAAGAGAUAAAAAGCAGCUGCAGGAUUCACUUCCUAAAUACGAACCUCCUGUUCUUUUGUCCGCUGACUUGAGAAGGAAAGCGGAAGCUCUAGACAGGUUCUGUAAGCCAAUAAUGGCAAAACCUAGACCAGCUAAGCCUGCUUCUCCGAAAACACCACCUCCACCUUCAUCUUCUCAGGAAGGUAGUGAUGAACAAGCAAAUGCAGAAGAAAGCAAUCACAGUAGCGUGAAUGAAAGCGAAGAAGAACCGUCAGUAUCUGAGCCUAUGGAAACCUAAGCUUGACCAUGGUAGUUUUCUCUGAAAUCUCAUUUUUUUGGGAGCUCCUUUUUUGGGGAAGAAGAAGCCGAUAUGCUGCAAAUUAAAGGGCUAAGAAGCUAUUCCCAUGGUUUUGUUAUCUUUAUAUUUGGUCAAAUGUCAUACAAUAUGUUUUUUUGUUAGCCAUAUUCCAUUGUGUUUUAUGUUUGUUUACUCUCCAUGACAUUACUACUGACUAAAUCUUUCUUUUUUUUUCUUCCUAUUUCAUGUUUCCAGUUUAUAUUUC